AUGAUGAUGCGGCUCGCCCGGACGACGGCGCUCAUGGCGCUCGCUCGCAGCAUGGUAUAUUCGGCAGCGGCAGCCUCGGAUGACAUCUCAACGACGUCGCCGCAGACCGACACGCCCGACUGGCUCGCAAGCGAGAGCCUUUCCCUGACGCUCGUCAACUCGGCUACCCCGGGGCUGCAAUAUCCGGUACUGCCGCUGACGAGUAACAUGGGCAUGAACGAAUCACUCAAUACUGGUCGAACGAUGAACAUCCAAGGCGACAUUACGUUCGCCGACCAGAACAACUACUAUAAACUUUCCGGUAUCGGCCAUAUCGCUUACUUGUGCUGCGAUGACGCCGACAAGCAAGACAACUUUAACAUAAGCCCAAACAAGAUGCUCAACCAGCUGAUGGGCUCAAAUCUCUCCGCCAUCAUCUUGUACUCGGCCAAUACGAACUGGUGCUCGUUUGACAGAAACAACGGGCCUUCGUAUGCCAGUAUUGUCACCAUGGCCGAUAAAGGUGACGCUGCAGACGUCCUCACACAUAUCAAAGCAAGACCGAGCAACGAGACGUUGCUAGUAAAUAUCAGGGGCAACGCCACCGCUACCGAUUCCACCGGCGACGACCGCGGCCACUCGACUGUCGCCAUGAGUGUGCUUUACAGCAUCACCGGCCUAAUUACGCUGCUAUUUCUCGCCAUCAUUAUCACCGGUACCGUGCGUGCGCAUCGCCAUCCCGAGCGCUAUGGCCCCCACAGCGGCUUCGGUCGUCGGCCCAGGCAGAGUCGUGCUAAAGGUAUUGCUCGUGCUGUGCUGGACACGCUUCCCAUUGUCAAAUUCGGCAACGAUGAGCAGACAAAACCAGAUCCAGAGCUGGAGCUGGAGCCUACAUCGACAGCGAAUGGUGGGCAUGGAGUGACUGCCGUUGCUGCGGGAGGACUUGGGAGCGGAGCAGAGUCCACCACCAACAAGGAGACGUCCAAGGAGAAUCAAGAGAAGCGAAAAGCGACGGAAACAGGCGUUGCUGCUCAUUAUGGCGUUGGCGAGACACCCACCGCGGAGACUGCCGCGGUCGAGUCUGCUAGUGCGCUGGGCGGCUCUGAGCAUGAUGGCGAGCAUCUCGGCUGCUCUAUUUGCACCGAAGACUUUACCGUCGGCGAGGAUGUGCGAGUCCUGCCUUGUAACCACCAGUUCCACCCAGGCUGUGUUGACCCAUGGCUGGUCAAUGUAUCUGGCACCUGCCCUCUAUGCCGCUACGACCUUCAGCCGGGCCGACAUACCGCAAACUGGGCGACAGGUGCAACGUUUGAAUUGCCACCGCCUCUGGCUUUAGAGGCCGAGGAGAAUGACUCGACGGCAUCGUCUCGCCACAGGUCACCCGGUCUACUCGACUUGAGCCGGCUGCGGCACCUGUCCCAGCAGGAGCGCAUAGCAGCGCUUCGUGAAAUGCGAGGUCAGACCGAAGAGCCACGUGGCGAGGCAUCAGAAUCUCGUGAAGCGGCCGAAGGCGAAGACCACGGACGCGCCGCCCGCUUGGCUGGCAAGUUGCGCGACAAGUUCCGCAUCCGGACCAGGGCUCAGACAUGA